CUUCAACAACUGGAACGACUGAGUCACCUUGAUUGAACCAACGAGCAUUCGCCGGCUAACAACACGCUAGUUACCUAGGAUACCUGUUUCUUUUCUACGGAAUCUUCAGAACGUGGUGCCGUUGCGACGCGCGAGGCUACGGAAGGAUGUGGAGACGUUGAGGCACAUAUUAGGCAUCCAAAAAUUUGAUUUGGGAGUCAUUUGCGUGGACAACCGCAAAAUUCAACGCAUCAAUAACAUUUAUAGGAAAAAAAAUAUGCCCACUGAUGUCCUCUCAUUUCCAUUCUAUGAGGAGCUGAGGCCUGGGAAGCUGCCUUGCCCCAUUUACAGAGAUGAACUGAACCUUGGAGACAUUUUCUUGGGGGUUGAAUACCUGAUGAAACAGUGCCAGCAGCAGUCUCAGGAUCUUCAUGGAAUUCUCACAUCAGUCACUGCUCAUGGAAUCUGUCAUUUGUUGGGUUACAGACAUGAAACUGAGGAGGAGUGGAAAGAGAUGCUGCAGAAGGAAAGCUACAUACUUAAUGAGUUCAACAGAUUCACUGGCAGACAGCUGGUGCCUCUGACCAAGAAGUGUAGCCAAGAUGGGUGACCACCAAGAAGAACCAACUGCAAUGGAAGGCCUUUGAAACCAAUGGACUUAGCUUUGGAUGGAUUUGGAAACUUGCAAAGACGACUCCUUGAUCAUGAAUAAACUGCCCAUUUCCAAGUGAUAGCUACAGACAGUGUCAGCCUUAAUGUGAUUGCUGAGCUUUUACCUAUGGAGCUAGACAGGCUACUCUUUUUUUUUUUUACAAUCAAACUGCACUACUCAUGACUUGACAUUGAUGAAUUAAAAACAUCCAAAACCA